AUGAUGCGGAAGAAUAUACAAUUUAUCAGUCUUAACAACCGGAAAAAACGUUAUUAUUUGAUAGUUUAUCGUCAACGCAGAAUGCCAGUACUUCCACACUGGAAAUUGACGUAUUUCAAUGGACGAGGACGAGCUGAAACCAUACGUUUGCUGUUUGCACAGGCAGCUGUCCCGUAUGACGAUAUACGUAUUGAACGUGAACAAUGGCCAGCAAUGAAAGAUGAUUGUAGAGAAGACGAUGUUGUUGGAGUACUGAUGACGGCUUAG